AUGGGCUUCUCAAGUGUGGUGCAGUUGUGGGAGGAGUGGCAGCUGCGCAUCCUUGUCUUGGGCAGCCUCGCCAUCCAGUGCUUCCUCGCAGUAUUUGCCGGCGCUCGUAAGUCGCCUGUACGGCCCUUGUACAGGUUUUUGAUCUGGCUGUCGUACCUAGGCAGUGAUGCUUUGGCGAUUUACGCCCUCGCGACGCUUUUCAACCGCCAAAGCAAGGUGCAGCAGAGUUCCAAGUAUCCUAGUCGUGACCUAGAGGUGCUAUGGACACCUAUCCUGCUAAUGCACCUUGGAGGACUGGUUACAAUUUCGGCGUACAACAUCGAAGACAACGAGCUCUGGAGGCGGCACAUUGUAACCGCAAUAUCCCAGGUCACAGUGGCUCUCUACGUGUUUUGUAAGUCAUGGCCUCCAUCAGCUGAUAAGAGGUUACUUGCUGCAGCAAUUCUGCUUUUCAUCCCUGGGGUUUUCAAGUGCUUUGAGAAGCCCUUGGCUCUCAAGAGCGCUAGCUAUAAUAGUCUGGUUAGCUCUUUGUUUGCUGGCGAUGAUAUUAGCAGGACUACAACCACGAACAGGGAAGUAGAGCUUGAAGAAUACAUACAAAAGGCCAGGGAUUCUGUUAAACGCAACAAGUAUCCUCCAGAAUUAGACAAUGAUGGAGCUCGGCCCCACUUGAGCCAUCUCAGCAGACCUGAUAAGCUUUUCACAGAUGUCAUGCACGCCUACUCUGACCGUUUCAGUAGCUUGAAUUCCUUCUGGUCGCUCGAUGACAAACGAGCUUAUGAAGCGCUAAAUGAUGGGCUCUCCAAUCUCUUCGAUCUUCUUUACACUAAGGACAUGCUUGUCCAAGUUCGUUGGCACUUGUCUUAUUUCUGUUGUGCUGUGUAUACACGGAUAUCUACUAUAGCACUGCCAAUUGUGGCCAUUGGUCUCUUCCAUAGUAGCCAUAAAAAGGAUUAUAGGGGAAGCGAUGUGAGUGUCACAUAUCUACUGUUGUACAUCACAUUUUUGUUGGAGAUCUUUUCAUUCUUCGCGCUUCUCAAAUUUUACUUCGAGUGGCCUGAGACGAUCCCCCAACAUAGCCUCAUAGGAUUCUUUGCCCGCAACAAGAGGCAGACCUGGUUGAUGAGCAUCAUGGGAUGCUUACAGCUGAAAGACUUUUUUGACAAAUACUGGUGUACCUGCAGCUCAGCUAGAGCCAUUACAAACUUAGUCCGUGGUCAUGUCAAGGAUGGAUGGCUGGAUUACAUAUUGGAUGCUGAGAGUUACAGGGCAUUCAGCGACAGCAGGGGCCAUUGGACACUUGAGGGGAAGGGAUGUGGGCAACUCGUCAGUGAGAGCAUAGAGAAGCCAUUUGAUGAAAGCAUCCUUCUGUGGCACGUGGCAACCGAUUUUCGCUUUCAUAGUAAGGGCGCAUCUCCUGAUCAAGAAUGCGCUAGGCGGUGCAGAGAAAUCUCCAACUACAUGAUGCAUCUACUGUUUGCUAACCCAGAUAUGCUAAUGCCUGGCAGCAGAACGAACCUGUUCACAGCUGCCUACAAAGAAAUAGAGGGCUUCCUGCAUGGUGAAGAUCUGACUCUAGCGGACGAGAAGGAACUUGCGCAGAAGAUAGCUGAUAAGGUGGCUUCCAGUUCCAGUUCCAGUUCCAGAGAAGGUUUUGUUCAUGACGCCUGGGUUCUUUCUCAGGAGCUGAUGCGAUUAGGAGAUGAGCAGAGGAUGUGGGAGGUGAUCGAAGGCGUGUGGGUGGAGAUGAUUUGCUUUUCUGCUGGAAGGUGCAGGGGUUUCCUGCACGCCAAAAGCCUUGGCUCAGGCGGGGAGUACCUCUCCUUCAUCUGGCUCCUGAUGUCGCACGCAGGAUUGGAGACAUUUGCAGAGAGGCAGCAGAGGGUGCAGCUUCGGCUUCCGAAAGAGGAGAGAGUGAAAAUUGCAAUGCAAAGAAUACAAGAAGCUGCAAGUAACCAAGCUACUGACCCAUCGACUGCCAAAGGCACGGUUCCUGUGAAGGAACAAGAGAAUGCUGCCACUCCAGCAGCUUCCGAAGCCGACGGGCCACUAAAACAAGAAGGGAACUAUACAGCUACUACAUCGGCUUCACAAGGUGAAUGCGUUGCCCCUACCUCUGCCCCUGCCGUCGAGAUUGUGGUCUCACCGUGAGAGCAAAUUAAAGUCUGCACCCUUUUUUAUCUACUCUGCAUGAUGGUGACCUAAUAGAAGUCUUGUAAUGUCUGUUCUGUA